UUUGUAUAUGAAUCAAUAAAAGCGUUAGCAUAAUUAGUAUAUAUAAAUGUAACUGUAAUUGGACCAAAGAGAUAAAGCAUCUUGGGUUUAGUAAGCUUUUGAGCUGAUGAUGCUUAUGUGAUUAAUGUGAAUAUAAGAAUUAGGGAACAAUCUUGUUGUUAAUAACAAUACUUAUAACAUUUAAAUGCCCUUAAGUAUCGUCAUAAUUACAUCUUUGUCCCUAUCCUUCUCUUUUUCACUUUUCCUAAUCUCUAAUAUAAAACCAACUCUUGUCAAAUUCAACAAAAUUCUCACACAAACCGACCCGACCCGAAUCUGGCCGGUGAGAAAAUGGAGGUCCAAAGCAGCAGCAACAAUGGUGGUCACUCUUCUUUCUCCAGUCUCCGCGUCUACCUCAACUCUCUUUCCGCGACGCCUUCUCGCUUAUCCCGCCGCGCUAUUUCCGUCUCCACCUCUUCCGACGAGAUGAGUCGCGUCCGCGCCGUCUCCGGCGAACAGAUGCGCCGUACUCUCCGGUGGUACGAUCUCAUUGGACUCGGAAUCGGGGGAAUGGUCGGCGCCGGUGUCUUUGUCACCACCGGCCGUGCUAGUCGUCUCGACGCCGGUCCUUCAAUUGUCGUCUCUUACGCCAUCGCCGGGCUCUGCGCUCUCCUCUCCGCUUUCUGUUACACCGAAUUCGCCGUCCAUCUCCCGGUCGCCGGCGGUGCCUUCAGCUACAUCCGUAUCACAUUCGGUGAAUUUCCAGCAUUUUUCACCGGAGCAAAUCUUGUAAUGGAUUACGUAAUGUCAAACGCGGCCGUUUCGAGAAGCUUCACCGCUUAUUUAGGAACAGCUUUCGGGAUCUCAACUUCCAAGUGGCGAUUCGUCGUCUCCGGUUUACCGAAAGGAUUCAACGAGAUUGAUCCAGUCGCAGUUCUCGUCGUCCUCGUAAUCACAGUCAUCAUCUGUUGCAGUACAAGAGAGAGUUCCAAAGUGAACAUGAUAAUGACUGCAUUUCACAUCGCAUUCAUAUUCUUCGUGAUCGUGAUGGGAUUCAUAAAAGGAGAUUCAAAGAAUCUAUCCUCACCGGCGAAUCCAGAGCACCCCUCGGGAUUUUUUCCGUUCGGCGCGGCGGGAGUUUUCAACGGAGCUGCCAUGGUUUACUUAAGCUACAUAGGAUACGACGCCGUUUCAACCAUGGCGGAAGAAGUUGAAAAUCCGGUCAAAGAUAUCCCCGUCGGUGUUUCCGGCUCCGUCGCAAUCGUCACCGUUCUUUACUGUCUCAUGGCAGUCUCUAUGUCAAUGCUUCUGCCAUACGAUCUGAUAGAUCCGGAGGCGCCGUUUUCCGCGGCGUUCAGAGGAUCGAACGGCUGGGAAUGGGUGACGAAAGUGGUGGGGAUAGGAGCAAGCUUUGGGAUAUUAACAUCACUUUUGGUGGCAAUGUUAGGUCAGGCUCGCUACAUGUGUGUCAUCGGACGGUCCAGAGUGGUCCCCUUUUGGUUCGCUAAGAUUCAUCCCAAAACAUCUACGCCAGUCAACGCCUCCACUUUUCUUGAUACUACUAAGCCUAGUCGGCUGAUAUUUUGACAACUCCAACUUUUCGUAAUUUCCGGAACAUCUGGCUGAGCUAUGCAACUCGUGAGUUGUUAGGUACCAGGAUUUAGAAUAAUGACCAUCUUUGAUAAAAUACAUAGAAGAUUGGAAAACAUAUACUAACGUUUAGAGCCAUAUUUAUAUGCAUAAUCUUUGUAACAAGCAUUGUUUUCCUCAUUAAGUUACUCUCAUGCCUUUGUCACAAAAUGGAUCAUUAUAAAGGGGGUCAUCAUCGUUCAACCUUAUCCUUGCUAAUUUUAGCACCCACUAACUCACAUUUGCUAUAUCCAUCAAUAGCAUUGACAAAAAGACAAAAUAAAGGAACAAAUCCUCCCACUACCAUUCAUUUCAAAUUUGGACUUUUUUCACUAGUCGAAUCAUCUACAGUUAUAGAGAAUAUGACCAUUGACCAAUCUUAUUAACGUUCGUAUAUUUUAUCCCUUAUCAGGCAUUUUCACGGCGGCUCUUGCGCUUUUCACCGACCUAAACGUCCUCCUAAACCUCGUAUCCAUUGGAACACUAUUUGUCUUCUACAUGGUCGCAAACGCUCUCAUCUUCAGACGUUACGUCCCGGUUGGACCCACCAAGCCGUGGCCCACACUCUGCUUCCUCACACUAUUCUCCAUAACCUCUCUCGUCUUCACCCUCAUCUGGAAACUUGUGCCGGAAGGUAAGCCUAAAGCUUUCAUGCUCGGUGCCAGUGCGGUGGUGGCUAUAGCCAUCGUGCUGAGCUUUCAGUGCGUGGUUCCCCAGGCUAGGAAACCUGAGUUGUGGGGAGUCCCGUUCAUGCCGUGGACCCCGUGCGUGUCGAUAUUCUUGAACAUUUUUUUGCUUGGUUCGUUGGACGCACCCUCUUACGUCCGGUUUGGAUUCUUCUCCGGUUUGAUCGUGCUCGUGUAUUUGUUUUAUGGCGUUCAUGCGAGUUCUGAUGCUGAAGCGAAUGGAUCUUUUGGUGUGAAAGAUGGACAAGUCAUGAAAGAGCUAAUUGAAGUGUGAAAAGUAUUUAUUUAGUUUAGUUUUCUAAAGCAUCAUGAACCAAAAUGUAAUUAAACUCUCUAAUUUUUUUUCUACAUGAGGGGGUUUGAAAUAUUAAUGAGAAAAUAUUAAAUACAACUUUAGGAAAAAAAAGAAUAUGUAUUUUGGUUUA